UCCACCUCGCGCGCCUCCACAGACGCCACCACACCACCCGUCCGUCGGAUCCACCUUCCCGAAGUCUCCCGCACCAAGUCGCGCGAUCGCGUCGGUGGAACUCGGUUUCCUCCAAAUCCACGUCCAGACGCCCAAGUUCCCAUCCGCAGACACGCCUCGACGGUCGACGCUCCGUCCAAUUCCCAACCACCUCCUCCUAGACGAAACGAUGGAGCCGCAAGGGAGCGAGAACGCGCAGGGGCCGCUCCCCUGCGCAAACGACUGCGGCUUCUUCGGCUCCCCGGCCACGCGCAACCUCUGCUCCAAGUGCUUCCGCGACAGCCUCCGCCGCGCCGAGGCGGUCCAUCAGGCGGUGACGGCGGCCGCUACGGUCGCGGCCACCGCCUCAUUUUCCUCGGCGGCCGCGGCGCCCGUGGACCACGAGGCGGCGACGGCGGCAGCGACGGAGGAGGGGAAGGGGCGGGCGAAGGGGAAGAGCGGCCGGUGCGCGGCGUGCGGGAGGAAGGUGGGGCUGAUGGGGUUCGAGUGCCGGUGCGGCGGCGUCUUCUGCGGCGCGCACCGCUACUCGGACCGCCACGACUGCGGCUUCGACUACAGGGGCGCCGGCCGCGACGCCAUCGCCCGCGCCAACCCCGUCGUCAGGGCCGACAAGCAGGUCGACAAGCUCUGAUGAGCAGCGUCGGUGCGUGCUCCUAGCAAAUUAGUAGACUGGCUUUAAUUUGUUGCUCGAAUCGAAUGGUCCUGUUGUGUGGUGUAGAUGCUUGGUUGAAGCCUUACCGAUUGCAAUUGGACAUCUCUGUGUAUUGCUAGUACAUGGAUCAUGAUGUAUACUAGUGCAGUUGCUUGCCAAGAAUGCUCUGCUUCGUGUCUCUCGUGCCCGGAAGUAUGUCACACCCCUUCGAAGCCGAUCGAGUUUUAUGGGAACUGACUGCUCAAGUGGCAGCAACCGCGUACACGGUUGAAAGCUAAGCUUGAUUAAGCAUAUAGUGAUAGGUUCCUCUUCUCGCAUCAUGUUUACAACUUAUGCAUUACUAUCACCAACGCCGUGAUGCUCACACCUUUGCUCCAGGAAAGGGAUCCCAUGGGAGUGGCAUAGUUGAAUUGGAUCAUGUGUCGCCUAUUGCAUACGUACUUCGAAUCCACACGUUGUUAGUACAUGGCCAGUCCUAACCUGAGCACAAGCGUGUAGGUAACCUCGUGCGCAUGAAGCAGAGGACGAAAAAUGGUAUUAAUUGUGUUUUUAUAACGAAACGCAUCAA